CGCUUGUGUACUGAGAUCUCUGUAGUUUAUUCUAUUUUCAGAGUGUUGAGCUUCAGACGGCCGUUGGCUGCCUACCCUGGCCUUGUGGGAUUGUCCCCGCAUCACGACAUCACGGCUGUACUACUCCAAACUUCACCUCCACCUCCAGGCAGAGUUCUUGACUUCCAAUUGACCCAGAGAAUGCCCAUCCCGUAAAAGCAGCAAUGAAUCUUUCCAUCCUCGCCGCGCUGGCCCUCGUCAGCUUCAGCACUGCAUCCACAGAGCAACAAUCCCCGCUCUUCUCGCAUGCAGACCGCUCACCAAAAUCCAUCAUUGACGCCUCACCCUUCCUCUCCCUCCACCGAGACCUCGUCUCAAUCCCCUCUGUUUCCGGUAACGAGUCCGCUGUUGGCGAAUUCCUAGCGUCCUUCCUCGAAUCUCACAAUUUCAAUGUAAUAAAGCAGCCAGUCGAAGGGCGCACCUCUCGGUUCAACGUCUUCGCUUACCCGUCGUCUGCUCCAUCCAAACCAUCCAUCCUUCUGACAAGCCACAUCGAUACUGUUCCCCCGUUCAUCCCAUACUCUGUACAAUACAGUGAUAAUGAAAGAGAUAUUGUCAUCAGUGGCCGGGGUUGUGACGACGCAAAAGGCAGCGUUGCUGCGCAGGUCGUCGCAGCUCUUGAAACGCUCGCUGAGAAUCCCUCUGCGCCCUUAGCUCUCCUGUUCGUUGUUGAUGAGGAGGUCGGUGGCGCAGGAAUGCGCGCCUUCUCCUUUAACACAACCCUCAACCCAUCCCCGGACUCGCCCUCAUCCCUCGUUGAUGGCUACAAGACGAUCAUUUUCGGCGAACCAACAGACCUUGCCCUUGUCUCUGGGCAUAAAGGCAUGCUAUCAUUCCACGUGCACGUCACUGGCAAGUCCUCGCACUCGGGAUACCCGUGGCUGGGGGAAAGCGCUUUGAGCACUAUCCUCCCUGCGCUUUCGGUCAUCGAUAAACUCGGCGAUAUUCCCGUUGAAAAGGGCGGGCUUCCUUCAAGCGAGAAAUACGGCCGCACAACGGUGAACAUCGGCCGGGUCGAAGCCGGUGUAGCGGGAAACGUUGUCCCCGCGGCAGCGGACGCGGAUGUCACUGUUCGUCUUGCUGCAGGGACUCCAGAGGAGGCGAUGGAUAUUGUGCUCGCGGCUGUUGCUAACGCAACGGGGGACAACCCCCAUGUUGUUGUGAAAUUUGCAGAGGGGCCGAAUGGUGGUGUUGGUGGGUAUGCGCCUCAGGAUCUCGAUACGGACGUGCCUGGGUUCGAGAUUACCACUGUGAAUUACGGCACUGAUGUGCCUAAUCUGAAGGUCUAUGAGGAGAAUGAUGUGAAGAGAUAUCUCUACGGACCAGGGAGUAUUCAUGUUGCCCAUGGAGAUCAUGAAUCGAUUACGGUUGCGCAGUUGGAGGAGGCUGUUAAGGGAUACAAAAAGUUGAUCACAGCUGCAUUGGAGCGGAUUUACUGA